UUUGGCUGUGGCUUGGGACGCGACGAGAGGCGCGCCACGACCGCCCGAAGACCGGCGAUGGUCUAAGCGCCCCUCGGCCGACCCUCCCCAGAGACGCUGCGGGGCCCUCCCCUCGUCCUCCGAACACACACCCCCGCCUCGUCUCCUCCGCCUCCCCCGCGCUCCUGCCCGCUCAGGCGCUCCGGCCGAGGCCAGCCCGGGGGUGGCGCGGCGCCCGCCAGGAUGAGUGGCUCCUUCGAUCGCAAGCUCAGCAGCAUCCUCACCGAUAUCUCCAGCUCGCUCAGCUGCCAUGCGGGUUCCAAGGACUCGCCCACCCUGCCGGAGUCUUCGGUCACUGACCUGGGCUACUACAGCGCUCCCCAGCACGACUACUACUCGGGCCAGCCUUACGGCCAGACCGUGAACCCCUACACUUAUCACCACCAGUUCAAUCUCAACGGGCUUGCAGGCACGGGCGCUUAUUCGCCCAAGUCUGAGUAUACGUACGGAACCUCCUACCGGCAAUACGGAGCCUACCGGGAACAGCCACUGCCCGCCCAGGACCCAGUGUCUGUGAAGGAGGAGCCGGAAGCCGAGGUGCGCAUGGUGAACGGAAAGCCCAAGAAGGUCCGAAAGCCGCGCACGAUCUACUCCAGUUACCAGCUGGCCGCCCUGCAGCGCCGCUUCCAGAAGGCCCAGUACCUGGCGCUGCCUGAGCGCGCCGAGCUGGCCGCGCAGCUGGGCCUCACGCAGACGCAGGUGAAAAUCUGGUUCCAGAACCGCCGCUCCAAAUUCAAGAAGCUGUACAAGAACGGGGAGGUGCCCCUGGAGCACAGCCCCAACAACAGUGAUUCCAUGGCCUGCAACUCACCACCAUCACCCGCCCUCUGGGACACCUCUUCCCACUCUACUCCAGCCCCUGCCCGCAGCCAGCUGCCCCCGCCGCUCCCAUACAGUGCUUCCCCCAGCUACCUGGACGACCCCACCAACUCCUGGUACCAUGCACAGAACCUGAGUGGACCCCACUUACAGCAGCAGCCGCCUCAACCAGCCACCCUGCACCAUGCCUCCCCAGGGCCCCCGCCCAACCCUGGGGCUGUGUACUGAGCACCCACCUGGCCUGAACCUCUCACGAAGGAACCCCAGGACUAGGCAGAAGGCGCCUCCGUCCUAGCCGACACUCAGGAAUCAUCGAGGAGCACAGGGGAAAGGAGACCUCCUUUCCCCCUUCCCUUGCCCCUUCCUCCAGGGACCCAAGAGCUUCCAGGUGAAAUUUGCAUGGACCAAGGAUGCCCCCUGAACCUCUCUCCCCCUGCCUAGACACUGGUGUGCCCCUACAGACGUUUGGGCUCUCCACUCCAGCAGGGACAGGUAUUUCCCUUCUGCUCCAAGAGCCUGGAUUGGCUUUAAAUGGCUCAUCACCUUCCAGAUUCUAACACUUAGCACCUGGUCCCUAGACUGGAUUCCUUGGGCACUGGGGAGACUGUGGAGCAUCUGCAGGUCAGGCCUGGGCUGGAGCACCAGGCACUGUGGAUCCCGGGACCUGCCAGGCCUACGCUCCUGCCACGGGGAUCUGUGGCUGCCCCCUUCCUGAGCGUUCCCUCUGCCAAAAAGACGGUGAACCUUGAGACUGGGACUCAGGGUAGGGACCUCAACGAGCCCUGCCCUGAACUUCUAACCCUCGUUUAAGGUUUGAGGGUUAAACCAAAGAAAAGCCCCUAAGUAAGGGAAGCUUUUAAUAUUCGUGGCUUUAGAGAGAACUCAAGGAGCACCUCCCCUCCCCCACUCUCGUUGGAGAGGAGGGCUGGGUCCUAGGCGUCCUUCCCGAGGACCCAGUUCUUCUUCCAUGUACAGAACUUUGCACAACUUUGGUUUCAAAAGCUGUUGAAAACUAGGAAGACAAAGGGCAUUGUUGACAGAGAGGACCCAUCUCCCCCGCGGGGGCGCUCUGCUCGCCCCCGCCCCACCCCACCUCUUCCCACCUCUUCCUCUCCUCCAGUAAGCUGGCGGUUUUGGCGCCAAACCCCAAAUCUCCAAGGAGACAUCCCAGGCAAGACAAACCCCAAAACACCCCCUUUCCGGUGGCCUUGGAAACAGAUCGUUCCCGCCAAGACGGAGAAUGUCGGGUGAGGUGCACGGGGCACAAGGGGAGGGUUAUAACUUGGUGCCUUUAGGGGUGAGGGGGUGGCUGUCUGAAGGGCCGGUGGCACUGCCCCUUCCUGGCCCAGACGCCCCCCCAGAGCUGACUUUCCUCCACCCCUGAUGUGGUCAAACAUCGAAGAAAAGGAGAGGUAGAAGACUGUAGCUAUAUAUAUAGUAUGUAUUUUUUUUAAAGCAACAGAGAGAAGUAGCCUCCUCCCUACUGUGGUUUCCUAUUUAUGUGGCCCUUUCCUCCUGGAUGUACCUGCCUGUGCGUUGUGAGCUGAGAGAAACAGAGAUGUGGGCUCCGGCUGGACUUGGGUUUGUGGGAGGCACAGGUGUGAGGAGAGAGUGGGGGAUCUUGAAGAGUCCCACCCCAGGGGGCAGGAACGAAGCCACCUCCCACCCCUCCCAGCCUUCUCAUUUCUGCUUUCUUAUUGGACCCAUCUUUAUAUAUAACAUUAAUAAAAAAGAAGAAAAUAA